AUGAAGCGGAGACCGCUGAUUCCGGCUGUCAAUCCCGCGGCCCGGCCUCGCCCCACCGGCGGAGCGUGGCAGGACGCAGGGCCGCGGGGGCUGUCGGGACGGCUCCAAGAUGGCCGCGCGCUUGGGGUCCGCACCUGCUGGCGGCCUCGAGCCCCGUUAACUGCCACCGCUGCUGACCGGAGCCGCCAGUCGUCCUGGCGACUCCGGGGGCUGUACCCGCGGGGCGGGAGGCCGCCAUGGCGACCCUGGAAAAGCUGGCGAAGGCCUUCGAGUCCCUCAAGUCCUUCCAGCGGCCGCCGCCUCAGCCACCUCAGCCGGUACCGCCGCCGCCUCAGCCCCGUCAGCCAGCACCGCAGCCGCCGUCGCCUCAGCCGGCACCGCCGCCGCCGCCGCUUCAGCCCCCUCAGCCGGUACCGCCGCCGCCUCAGCCCCCUCAGCCGGCACCGCAGCCGCCGUCGCCUCAGCCGGCACCGCAGCCGCCGCCGCUUCAGCCCCCUCAGCCGGUACCGCCGCGGCCUCAGCCUCCUCAUCCGGCACCGCAGCCGCCGCCUCACCCGGUACCUCCGCCGCCUCAGCCCCCUCAGCCGGCACCGCAGCCGCCGCCGCUUCAGCCCCCUCAGCCGGUACCGCCGCCGCUUCAGCCUCCUCAGCCGGCACCGCAGCCGCCGCCGCCUCACCCGGUGCCGCCGCCGCCUCAGCCCCCUCAGCCGGCACCGCAGCCGCCGCCGCCUCAGCCCCCUCAGCCAGCACCGCAGCCUCAACCGCCGCCGCCGCCUCAGCCCCCUCAGCCGGCACCGCAGCCGCCGCCGCCUCAGCCCCCUCAGCCAGCACCUCAGCCGCUGUCGCCUCAGCCGGCACCGCAGCCGCUUCAGCCCCUCAGCCGGUACCGCCGCCGCUUCAGCCCCCUCAGCCAGCACCGCAGCCGCCGCCGCCUCAGCCGGUACCGCCGCCGCCACAGCCCCCUCAGCCGGCACCGCAGCUGCCGCCGCCUCAGCCCCCUCAGCCGGCACCGCAGGCUCAACCGCCACCGCCGCCCGUCCACCGUGGGUCAGGAGCCGCUGCACAGACGGAAGGUUAAAAUGCAUGUUCAUAACAUCAAGAAAAUCACAAGCAUUUACGAUGUAAUCAGAACUACCUGAGGAUCUGUGAAACUUGGUGAGUUGGUGGAUUUUUAAAAAUGUCUUAAAACAUUUUGUUUUUACAAAGAUUACAGGAGUAAGAGAAGAUAAAUUUUAAUCAACUCUUAAUAUUUUUUUUCCUGGUUGAUGUGAUAUAAUUAAAUGUGGGGAUAAAAGGUAAAUUCUAAAAGGAGACACUACCUUGAUGGUUUUCUAUGGAGGAAACUCAAGCAGGAGGAAGUUUAAUUUAAAAACAUGAAUUACUGCUCUUUAUAAUACAUUCUAAGUUGUCAUUCUUUUGAAUGCCUUCCUUUCCAAACAGGUGUGUUAUUCUGGGAGAUCAUCAGGACUUCUGGGUAUUUGGAGGUACUGACCUAACCAGUAGAACUGCUGAUUUAUAAGAAGUUGUCCAGAAUUUUGGAAAACUGAUUAGUAGAGGCUGGAGACCGAGAACUACCAUUUUUGCCAGCUGGGAUGCAGAAAAGUCUGGACUUCUGGGUUCCACAAAUGGGCUGAGCUCUGUCAUAAUGGAAAUUCUGCAGCAGAAUCAGCUGUCAUCUAUCCCGUGUGGCCAAGUGCAGAGGAGAAUGUGAAAACACUCCAGGAGAGAGAGGUUGCAUAUAUCAAUGCAGACUCAUACACAGAAGGCAAUUAUACUCUCAGAGUUGACUGUACACCCCUUCUUUUCCAGUUGGUAUAUAAACUGACAAAAGAGUGGAAGAAUCAGACAUCAUUCAUCUGGAGAAAUGCUAUUGGUUGCUGAGGGCUCAAUCCUGAACUGGAUGACUUGAUUUAGAGACAUUUGGCCCAUUGGCUUCACCACCAAUUUGUCCAUCUCUGAGUGAAGGUUUAUUUAAGCUUUUGGUGAAAAUCAUGACAGCCACAUAGAUUUUAAGGAGAUAUCCUGUGGGUUAUCAGCUUGUUGCAGAGGACCUCUGGCUGAAAGACAGAAAUGUAAGUGUGUUAAACAUCACAAAAUUUGGAAGCUAUACAGAGAAAAAAAUUAGCAUCCAUUCAUGUAAAAAAUCAUCUGAUUAAGGCUUGAAUUUUCAUCCCUUUGGCAAAUAGCAAUCUCUUGCUGAGGUUUUACUGAGUUUGCUUCAAGGUAUUUGAUGUUCACGGUGAUGGAGUUGUCUCUAGGGUUGAACUGAGAGACACGUGGUUGCACAUUUAGAGGUCUGGAAGGACAACUGCACCGAUGAUACCCUGGUAAAGUCUGAUUGUAUACAUCUUCUUGAAUGUAAACUUCCAACAGGAACAUAGAGUGAAGAAUUUUUUAAAACAGGUUGAGAAAAAGAUUUCUUACUACUUCUAGGUUCUAUAUUAUGCUACUCAAAAUAUUCAUAGCCAAAGAUGCAAAAUUGGGAAGAGAAUUUGCCUUAGAAAAUUUAAUAAGCUGAAUGUAUUAUAUUAAAAAAAUGAAACCACUGGAAAAUUGUCAUAAAUUUUUAAGGCAAACAAGCAAUCUAUUUCUGUAAUUAAAAAAAGAAAAAAAAAGUUGACCGAAAAUACUUUAUACUUCAGCUACUGGCUAAUAAAAAUGAUACCUUCUCUAUCCUAACUACUGAUUUGGGUUUCUGGUUUUAAAGGAAUUACAUGUGGAUGUAUCCAACAUUGUAGAAGACACAUAGAAUGCACAUGACACCACAAAGAAUGGCCAUCUUAACUCUAGAGGAAUAUCAUAUCUGGAGUGUGAAAAAUGUUCUUGCCAAUGAGUUUUUGAAUCUACUUUUCCAGGUAUGUUUAAGGUAAAUGACAGAGACCGAGGGCAGUGGUACCAGUAGUUCUACAUCUUUUCCAUUAUGUAGUAGUUAGACAACUAGACUACAAAACCAUAUAUUGUCAAAAGAACUGCAUUAACCUGUACACCACCUGCAGAUGGUAAGUUAGAGCGUGCAUGCUUCUCAGAGUCACAAGGUGCAUGAUAGGAAAGUAGAGUAUAGCUGAUAAUGUUUAUCUUAAUAACUCAUGAUAGAGCAGAUUGUAGACACAUAGAAAAGAAUUUAAAAUGUAAAAGCCAUUAUAAUUUGCUAUUUUUCUUUACCUUUUUUUUUUUUUUAAGACCCUUCCUAACAAGUAAGGCAGUGUGGACAGAGACAUAGAUCAUAAGUCGGCAGCUGUAAAUUUUUCACAAAGUAUACAAUCUUUCCAGUUAGGAGGUUAUUUUAGAUGCAAAUCUGUUUCUUAAUUUUCUUUUAUUCUUUCUUUCUUUCUUUUUUUUUUCUUUUUUUUUAAUUUAAUUCUUUAGAAGGUCCAAAAAAGAUUGAAGGAGAAAGGAGGAAAAAAAGAUGUCAGGGGUGAGCAUGAAAUCAUAAAACUUGCCAGAUUGUAACUAUUUUCCAGUUAAAGUAGUUCUCUUUGCUCCAAUUUAAAGUAACAACUUAUAGUUUCCCAUUUUUCAUAGUUCUUCAUAAAUAUAUGUUGAUUUAAUAGUAUUUUGCAGGGUGUGAGUAGGGACAGACUGGAAGUUCAAGAUUUGUAAAUACUGACAGGUAUCUAUAGAAUAGAUAAACAAGUUUAUACUGUAUAGCACAGGGAAAUAUAUUCAAAAUUUUGUAGUAGCUCAUGGGGAAAAAUAUGAAAACAAAUAUAUGUAUAUUCGUAAAGUACUGAAAAAUUGUGCUGUACACCAGAAAUUGACACAACAUUGUAAACGGACUAUAACUCAGUAAAAAAAUAAAAAGAAGAUAAAACUGUUAGAACAUUAUAAAAAAAUAGUAUUUUAGAUUUUUCUUAUUUUAUUUUCCUUUUCUUAUAAAAGCACCCCUAUGAAGAUCAAUAAGACUUGAUAUCUUUAUAUCUAUCAUGAUUCUCCAUUGUAAAUACAGAGUAACCUGCCUGUGACACAGCUAUGUUAGAAUAAAUGAAAAUUGGACUCUUCCUGACAGCUAAUAAUUAAUGUAUAUUUAAAGCAUAUGAAAUCUGAUAAGUCUAUGAUACCCAUUUAAAUCAAUCAGUUGCUCCACUGUCAGUUAUCAGCCAGGAUCUAAGUUGAUGUCUUUAUAAAAUAUAAAUACAUAUAAAAAUAAUAUAAACCUACUAUAAACAGAAAUGACUUGCUUAGUAAUAUGAAAAUUGAGCAGCUAUUUUUAUCUCAUUUAAAAUGAUGUCCUCAAUUACUUUGUUAUCAUUAAUUAUAUAAACAUUUUGACCGCUUAAGUUUGUGUCUGAGUCACCUUGCAGCUCUUACAUAGCAAAGCAUUUUGAACUUUUAUAUUGCCUUUCCUAUUUUCUCAUGUUUAUCAGGGACUUGCAUAGGCACUAUUUUUUCUAGGACUCUAUAAACAGAUGUAUGCCUGAGAUUUUCUUUUGUGUCUGUGUUUCUAGCAUUAUAAUACUGACAGAUUUUUUUGUUGGUUAUCAAUCUAAUUUUUUUUCUUGGUAUAUAUAGUCCUUUCAGCCCUUUCAAAUAUAUAUAUAUAUGUAGUCAGUUUACAAUGUGUCAAUUUCUGGUGUACAGCACAAUGCUUCAGUCAUACAUGAACAUACAUAUAUUAAUUUUCAUACUCUUUUUCACCAUAAGUUACUACAAAACAGUAUUGGAUAUAGUUCCUUGUGCUAUACAGUAUGAACUUGUUUAUAAAUUGGGAGUUUGAGAUUUGCAGGUACUAAAUAUUAACAUUACAUUUUAUGAUGCUUACUUUAUCCCAUAUUCAGACAUGCUUUUAAAACUUAAAUUUCACUUAAUAUAUAAGUAAUCAGACUUACUCUAAAUUGUUUUAUUUUCUGUCUGUUUCUAAAAUAGAAUUAGCUAGUAAAUUCAGUGAUAAAAGCUUGAAUUAUACUUUUAUUUUAUUUGCCAAGAUCCCACUCCUGGCUGACCAUUUUGGGUAUUUAAGUAUAAAGUAAGUAAAUGUCAGUAGAAUUAGGAAACCAUUCCUGUGGUAAUAUUAUUUUCAGUCCUUUCAAAUAAACUCAGUGCCCAAUAUUUUGCAGAGGAAGCAUUCUAAACAUGAUCAGGAUCUUCUAUCUUGUAUGUUUGUCAGAAAGCGUCAAAUGUUAAACAGUUUGAUAAACAGAAUAGUGCAGCACACUGACCCCUACCUAUAUCCAUGCUCUAAUCCUGAAAUCUGUGAAUAUGUUAUUUUACAUGGCAAAGGGGAUUUUGCAGAUGUAUCAGGUUAAGGACUCUGAGACAGGGAGAUUAGCCUGGAUUAUCUACAUGGGCCUAGUCUAACAACAGGAGUCCUUAAAAAUUGAAAAUCUUUCCCAGCUGUGGUCAGAAAGAUAUGACUUUGGAAGAAGGAUUAGAAAGCUGUAAAGCUGUUAGCUUUGAAGAUAGAGGAAGGGCCAUGGGUAAAGAAAUGUGGGUGAACUCUAGAAGCUGGAAAAGACAAGGAAAUAUAUUAUUCCUUUGACCUACAGAAGGGCAUACAGCCCUGCUGACAUCUUGAUUUUUAGCCAAAUGAUACCUGUUUCUGACUUGACCUACAGAACCAUAAAAUAAUAAGUUUGUGUUGCUUUAAGCUGCAAAAUUUGUGAUAAAUUGUUACAGCAGUGAUAAAAAUAAAUAUAGGGGAGGUAAUCCAACUUUAUGGAUUGGAGGGCUCAGCAUUUUAAAGAUGUCAGUUCCCCUUCAACUGAUUCAAAGAUUAAUAUGUGCACAUCAAAAUCCCCAACAGUUAAUUGUUGUUACUUUUUUUUGUAGAAGUUGACAAGCUGAUUCUAAAUACAUAGAGAAGCGUGAAGGGCCAACAAUAGCCAAGAUGAUAUUAAAGAACAAUGUUAAAGGACUUAUAAAACAAUAUUAAGUCUAUGUGAUAACUACCUAAAGUUAGACAUAUAGAGCAAUGGAACAGCAUUGAAUAAAACCCUGUACCAUACAUGAACAGUAACUUUAGAUAGAUUAUAAAUCUAAUAUAUUUGAAACAUAAAGCAAAGCAUCUGGGGGAGGGUAAAGCUCAGGUGGAAUGUGUGCUUAGCAUGCAUAAGGUCUUGGGUUCAACUCCCAGUACCUCCAUUAAAAUAAAUAACCUAAUCCCCCACCAAAAUAAAGCAUCUAGAAAAUAGUGUAGGAGAUACUUUAAUGACUUUGAAGUGGCAAAGAGUUCUUAAACCGGACAAAGCAUGAAACAUAAAAGAAGAGUUGUAAGUUGGACUUCAGUAAAAUUAAGAAUUAUUUUUAUCAAGAGAUACCAUUAAGAAAGUGAAAAGCUAAGCCACACGGUGGGAAAAUAUAUUUGCUAUACCUAUAUCCAACAAAAGACUUGUAUCUAGGGCAUAUAAAGAACAAAAACCAGUGGAGAAAAAGGCAGAACCUCAAUAUUAAAAUAUGCAAAAUAAUUGAACAGGUGCUUCACACACACACAAAAAAAUCCACAUAAGCUAUGAAAAGGGGCUGACCUCUUUAGUAAUAAUGGAAAUACGUACUAAAACCACACUUGGAACACCAUUAGACAUCCACUAGAAUAGUUAGUUGUUAAGUGACAUGAGGCAUUGGUGAGGGCAACAAGCAAUGGGGACUCUUACACAUGGCCAGUGGGAAUAUAAAUUCUUACAAAUACUUUGGAAAUAGGCUUUUUGAAUGAAAGUUAUAUAUGUGUGUGUGUGUAUAUAUGUACACACACACACAUACACAUACACACACACACACCCUAUUACCAAGGGUAAGCCAUGUGUGUACCCUUCAGAAACUUCUACAUCUGAGCACCAAAGGACAUCCAGAAAAUUCUCAUAAUCACUAUUUGUUAUACCCCCAAAUAGAAAAUGACCCAAACACAUGUCAACAAUAAAUACAUAACCAUAAGUGGUGGCACAUGCAUACAAGUUGUAUACUUUAAAGCAAUAAAAAAUAUACUAGUUUACAGAAAACACUAGUGGAUGAAUCUUACAUAAUGUUGAGUGGAAAGUACGGGACCAAAAAUUUCAAAAGCAAAAAAACCAAUCCAUGGUGGCUGAAUUUAGGAUGGUGAGUCCAUCAAAGGGGUGCCGUAGUAACUGGGAAGAAACCCAAAGUGGAACAGCAAUGUCCUGUUUCUUGACUGGAUGAAGGUUACAUAGAUGUGUUUACUUUGUGAAAAAUCACUGAGCUGUAAACUUAAGAUGUGUUCACAUUUAAGCAUGUAUACUAUAUUUGCAUUUUUUAAAAAAAAGUUUGCUUGCAAAAAAAGAUAUCCAAAGCCCAAGUAUUUAUCAGUAGGAGAAUGGAUAAAACAAAUGAUAGUAUAUUCAAACAAUGGAAUACUACUCAACAAUAAAAAAGAACCAACUACUGAUACAAGGAUGAACCUCAAAAGCCUAAUUUAUACAUUUCAUUGUCAGGUAAAUUUUAACUCAGAAGGUAAACAAAACUGUAAACAGGCAUGUGCCCUGGGGGGAGGGGUGCUGUAGCCUUUGUCUCCUCAGACCUGUGCCAUUACUGGCACAUCUCGCAAGAAGAGAGGCAGGGCUCAGCCACAGCUACCAUCUCCUCCUGUGCAUAGUGCGCGGGUGGGGGCGGGGCUGAGGCCUGAAUCUGCACGUGGGGGCUCCACAACCUCCUAGGCAGGACUGAGACUUGUUUAUAGCCUAAGGCAGGGAGGAUCUUUCUACCUGACACCUCAGAGAACUUGUGCUGCCAAGAGAAACAAGGAGCUCAGAUUUGGCACAGAGCGUAGGCGGGGCUGUUCCGCGGUCUUCCCCGAGCCCACCUACAGACCGCCUACCCGAGGCAGAGCAGGCAGCUGCACAGAGCAGCGGAGUGACCAGCACCAGGAGAGGGCACAGCACCUGACCACGGUGCUGGGAUGGGGUGUGAUCUGCCCACCUGCCUCCCCCUGAGCACAGCAUCUGACUGUGGCAUCAGGAGGGGGAGUGACCUGCCUGCCCACUGGGUAAGAGCUCAGCUCCUGACCUAGUGUUAGGAGGGGGCACAAUCUGCUAAGCAACAGCCACUGAGAGCAGCACAGAUGAGGGCGCCAACAGAAGGCCUAUGAAACAGCAAGCUGAGUUCGCGAAGCAGGGCGAAGACACAAAGACCUCUCGAUCAAAUCAUUAAGGGCACACCAUCUCCAGGUUAAGUAGGUAACUGAUACUCCUUAAGCCAUGGUGCCAGAGAGAUAUGAGCAAUGUGAAGAAGCAGAGAAACCACUCCCAGUUAAAAGAUCAAGAGAAAUCCCCUGAAAGCAUGAUCAAGGAAAUAGACAUUGAUGGCCUACUAGAUCAAGAUUUCAAGAAAAGAGUGAUCAAAGUACUGAAGGAACUAAAAGAAAUAGGGUUUAGGGAUAUAAAAUAUGUCAAAAAUGAAAUAGAAACUAUAGAGAAGAACCAAGUAGAAUUAGUAAACUCAUUGGCUGAGAUGAGAGCUGACCUAAAGGCUGUGCAAAGCAGACUAGAAAAUACAGAAGAACAAAUAUGUGAUGUAGAAGACAGGACAACAGGAAGCACCCAAUCAGAACAGCUGAGAGAAAAUCAAAUAAAAAACAAUGAAAACAAUAUAUGGGACCUAUGGGGUAAUAUAAAGUGUGCCAAUCUAUGCAUAAUAGGAGUUCCAGAAGGGGAAAAAGAACAAAGGGGAUUGAAAAGGUAUGGGAAGGACUCAUGACUGAAAACUUCCCAAACCUAAAGAAGGAAUCAUAUGCAAGCACAGGAGGCUCAGAGGGUCCCAAACAGGAAGAACCCAAACAGACCCACACCAAGGCACAUCCUAAUCAAGAUAGCCAGAGUCAAGGAUAAAGAAAUGAUCCUAAAGGAAGCAAGAGAAAAACAGAGUGAGUUACAAGGGAACCCCCAUAAGGUUUUCAGCUGAUUUCUCUACACUGUUUACAACAGCUAAGACAUGGAAACAGCCUAAAAUGUCCAUCAACAGAUGACUGGAUAAAGAUGUGGGAUAUUUAUAUGAUGGGAUACUAUUCAGCCACAAAAACUGACAACAUAACGCCAUUUGCAGAGACAUGGAUGCUCUUGGAGAAUGUUAUUCUAGGUGGAGCAGAACAGAAAGAGAAAGAGGAAUACCAUAUGAGAUCACUCAUGUGUGGAAUCUUAAAUAUAUGCAAGAUCUUGUGGUAACUCACAGCAAAAGAAAAAAGUGACAAUGAAUAUAUGUACUUUCAUGUAUAACUGAAAAAUUGUUCUCUACACUGGAAUUUGUCAUAACAUUGUAAAAUGUCUAUUACUCAAUAAAGAAUGUUUAAAAAUAAGUAAAAUAAAAUAUAACCUUUAAAAUACUGUAUAA